CCAGCCCCUAGAAGAGAGAAUAGCUACAGAUUCUCCAUCCUCGGUCUUUGCAAGGGGACGGCUGUGCCAGCCGGGCUCGGACACGCUCCUGGCAGCAUGGCCGUGCAGCUCGGGGCCCUCCUGCUGGUCCUUGUGCUCAGCCUGGCGCAGCCAGCCGCGGCCCGCCGGAAGCUCCUGGUGUUUCUGCUGGAUGGUUUUCGCUCAGACUACAUCAGUGAUGAGAAUCUGGAGUCCCUGCCUGGUUUCAAAGAGAUCGUGAGCAGGGGAGUAAAAGUGGAUUACUUGACUCCAGACUUCCCCAGUCUCUCUUAUCCCAAUUACUACACCCUCAUGACUGGUCGCCAUUGUGAGGUCCAUCAGAUGAUCGGGAACUACAUGUGGGACCCCGCCACCAAGAAGUCAUUUGACAUAGGUGUCAACAGGGACAGCCUGAUGCCGCUCUGGUGGAAUGGAUCGGAACCUCUGUGGAUCACUCUGACCAAGGCCAAAAGGAAAGUCUACAUGUACUACUGGCCAGGCUGUGAGGUUGAGAUUCUUGGUGUCAGACCUACUUACUGCCUUGAAUAUAAGAAUGUCCCAACGGACAUCAAUUUUGCCAAUGCAGUCAGCGACGCUCUUGACUCCUUCAAGAGCGGCCGGGCCGACCUGGCGGCCAUAUACCAUGAGCGCAUCGACGUGGAAGGCCACCACUACGGGCCCUCGUCCCCGCAGAGAAAAGACGCCCUGAAGGCUGUGGACACCGUCCUGCAGUACAUGACCAAGUGGAUCCAGGAGCGGCAGCUGCAGGACGACCUCAACGUCAUCAUCUUCUCCGAUCACGGGAUGACGGACAUUUUCUGGAUGGACAAAGUGAUCGAGCUGAAUAAGUACAUCAGCCUGAGGGACCUGCAGCAAGUGAAGGACCGAGGACCGGUUGUGAGCCUGUGGCCAGCCCCCGGGAAACACUCUGAGAUAUAUAACAAACUGAGAACAGUGGAGCACAUGACUGUCUAUGAGAAAGAAGCCAUACCGGGCAGGUUCUAUUACAAGAAAGGGAGAUUUGUCUCUCCUUUGACCUUAGUGGCCGAUGAAGGAUGGUUCAUAACUGAGGACCGAGAGAUGCUUCCUUUCUGGAUGAACAGCACCGGCAGGAGGGAAGGCUGGCAGCGCGGGUGGCACGGAUACGACAACGAGCUCAUGGACAUGAGGGGCAUCUUCCUGGCCUUUGGACCCGAUUUCAAAUCCAACUUCAGAGCCGCUCCCAUCAGAUCUGUGGAUGUCUACAAUGUCAUGUGCAACGUGUCCGGCGUCGCCCCGCUGCCCAACAACGGGUCCUGGUCCCGGGUGGUGUGCAUGCUGAGGGACCCGGCCAGCUCGGCCCCGGCCACCCCUCCGCAAGCCGGAGCGCUGGUCCCGAUGCUGCUGGCGCUGCUGGCGCUGCUGGCCUAGCCGCCCGCCGACGGUCCCCGCACCCCCGGCCCUGGGGGGCCUCCGCCCCCCAGGGCUGGGGGCGUUUUUCUAUCUGAAUAGCUUCAUUAUUUCAAUCAAGGCCAUAAAAGCUGUAAAUAUAUUAUUCUUGGAUGAGUCUAUACAUAAAGUCCCUAUUUCUUAAAAAAACAAAAACAGAAUUUUGGUUUUUUUGGAGGUAAGGAAAAUCCUAGGUUUUCACUUGUUCAACUGUAGGUUAUUUUUCUCCCUUUUUUUUCACGAACUCAGAUGAGCUGUCUGAGCAGGGCCUGCCCCGGUGCAACCGGACCUUGAGCAGGUAUUACAUGCGGUCCUGGCCCCGCUCGGUCCUGUUUUGCAUGGAGCGGGCCCUUGUCUCUGCCCUGUCUACACCCGGGAGCCAUCCUCGGGGUAGAGGACCACCAUCCACUAACCUGCUCCUUCCAUCUCGGAAGAAGAGGUCCAUGUGGGAGCAGUGGCUGCUGUCUGUGACCCAGCUCGUGGAGUCUUCUCACCUUCUAUGAAGUCCCAGAAGAGCGUAUCUUAGCACGGCUCAACCAUCAAUCAGAAUCACUAAGAAUUGCAGAAUUCAUAGAACAAAGUGAAAGAGACGGGUUCCUUCCCCAAGUCUUGAGUGCACAAGACUUUAUCCCUGGCUUUGAAGAGUAGAAAAGCUUACAACAGAUGCAGGCACCUGUGAGCCUUCUGGCAGCAUACCACGUUAUGAACGUGCGCACGGCCUGCCCGCCUGCCCACCUGCCUAUGGGAAGGCGCACUCAGAGACGGCCACUCUUUGGAUCCCCCUGACAUAUCAUCACAGGCAGGGAAAGGGCUGACGGUGUGGACAGACUUGCAGGAAUCUCAACUCGUUGCUCAAAGUGGUGAUGCAUUAGUUCGAUGCAUCAGCGUCCCUGAGCAAUGCUUACUCAACAGCCACGGCACAUUGGGUCCUUGAUGGCCCAGAGUUCCCAGGAAAGUGGUUGCGGGAGGGGCGGGGAAUGGAGGCGACAGGAUGGAGCCAAAUCCCAGUCACUAACCACUUAGUCACGUGAUUGGGAAACAGUUUGGUCAAAGUGCCACCUCGGAGCCCUGAAUUCUUAAGAAACCCCAAAGAAGAGGCACUGAGCCUGAGUUGAAAUGUGUUCAGUUUAGUCUUCUACAUUUGCUGUAGCUCUUGUUGCAGAACAGGGGAUAACUGCAUCUCCAUCUGCUCAGCGUCAUACAUGUACCACUGCACUAAGGGGUCUGCACUAAAUGAGGCACAUCGGCAAGUGAGACAUUUUGUCAGCAAAAGACAACGCACCACGUCUCGUCAGGACGAUGACGCCUUUCUGUGGUCGUUCACGUUGAAAAAUGAGACCCUCCGCUCACCCUGAUUCAAGAUGCCUGGGAACCGCCUCUGGGCCUUGAGUCGUGAGGGCAAAGGAUCGCUGCUUUAAAAUACCAAAUUUAUCUUCACAAAAGAUUUCUAAGGAUUUAUGUAAUGUGUUUUUUAAGUGCCAGCAAACCAUCGAAUCAACUGGAAAGGCACAUCAGCCUUUGUUUCCUGGCUGAGAGCAAAUUACUGCUUUCAGAACAUUGGCAGUGGUUGUUGAAAUAGGCAUCUAUUGUUCAAAAUUUUCCUUCUCCUCAAAGAACUGUGUUCUGAUGAAUUCAGUGGAGCCCACUGUCUUCCCUUGUGAAGGAAGGAUGCCUAAAAGAUAUCCAAGUGAUUAAAUUAAAAGUGGAUGGUCAAAUUCAAGGGUGGUACAAAUGUACACACAGACUUGGAUUCGUCUUUCAUGCUCUGUUCUACCAAUUUUUUUCCCUUCACUCACCCUUAAAAGCUUCAAGUUACAUAAUAAAAUUUCAGAUAUUUGUCUGACAAAGUAUAGUUACUCAACCAGUGGUCCUGAAUAGACAGGUGAGAAUACGGUACUUUUGGAAUCAUGCAUAUUGGUAAAUAAUAAAGAAAAUUCAGACACCCAAUGGAGAAAAAAACUUUUUAUCUAAAACAAUGCACACAUUCUAGUGGCUUAAUUAUUUGGCUAAAAUUUUUUUCUUUUGAUUUUUGUUCUAAAGUUACCUUAUUUUCCCAAGGAAAAUUCUACUUUCUCUAAAUGCAUUUUGUUCCAUCAGAGUAAAACCCACUUGGACUACAGAUAGACUAUUUUACUUUCCCAGAUUAUUCUACUACUCCAUUGCUAAUUCCAGGAGGAGAUAAUUGGAUUGACCUGCAAAGACCGAAGAUAAAGGAAAGGAAUGAUCCUUAAAUUAAAGAUAGGAUGAAUGGCUACUUUCCCUGCCCAUAUGCCCAAUCGCCAGAACCCAAUUCAAUUAAGACCUAAAGACUUAGUGUAAGUUAGAGCAGGCCCAGGGAAUUCCUUCUAGCCUCCAAGAGCCCUGAAUUACAAAAUCCCAGCUCCUUACUUUUAAAGGGAUCUUGGAAAUCCACAGCAGAUCAGAGUCCAGCUAGAGACAGUAGUUUGCAGCCUUUCUGGAAUUGUAAGCAUCAUCUGGCCCAUUUCCAGAGAGGCAGGUUCACAGGGUCUGGGGUGCGGCCUUGGACAACACUUUUAAGUCAUGCAGUUUUUUGCGCUAAGGAGAGAUGGGCUGAUUGGACCUUGGCAGACCUGAAUCUCCUGACAGCAACUUCAUAAUCCGCCAGUUUCUCCAGGAGCCCUCAGACUGGCAUUGGCUGCUGAUCCCAGCCAGGUCAAGGUUCCCACCCCCUUUUAAACCAAAGCAGAUCUGUAAGCCCCGGUGAUGGAGAGAGACCAGAGAGCCUUCUGCACACCCAAGUCCUUGUGAGUCCAAGCUUCCCGACGGUGCUACCAGACAAACUCCCUGUUCAAGACGCACGGCUCUUUUAUGAAUUUUCUAUAAAAGUGUUUUACAUUUUUGUAAAUAUCCAGAGAUUUCCAAAUGUGAUUAUGUGUUUCAUCUUUGUAAGCAGUUUGUGAUAGACCAAAGUCAGCUCUUGUAAACUACGUGCUAGAAGAAGAGGGGGGCAGCCUUGACAGACUGGUUACAAAACAUGGGAAGCUCGGUCUCAGGGCUAAGCCGUGGGAGACAUAUUUCUACGUUGCCUUGAAAUCAUAAAGUAGCACCUAGAGCAGUGCCCCGGAUGUUUCAUAAAUGUCCCACAAAUGCAUGUUGAAUGAAAAAAAGAAUAAAUAUCAGUGGGGAGAACUGCUUACACAGCAGACACUCUCUCUGUCUGCAGUUCCUCAGAUUAAACAAACUUUUCCUUUUCA